AUGCAGAACCGGGAUGAUCUCGGUCCCUUGGGUGUUCCGCAACCUCAAGAAAAGGCUUGUGAACGAUGUCGCAAUCUAGACCUGGAAUGCAUUGUUGAGCGUACCUUUUUAGGACGCCCCGCAGCGAAGCGCCUUCGUGGCAUGGCGGCUCAAGAGAAUGAUACCGUAAUUAAUGGGCCUAUCACUUCUACGCUUUCCAGCGAGGAUAUACAAGAUCAUCUAUUCUCCGAUGCAGCGGAGAUUGGUCCCGAUUGGCAGAAGGAGUUGCGAACGAAAUUAGCUCCGCGUCCGACUAGAGAAGAGCGUUUCAAAUCGAUGAUAGAGCCCCAUUUUUUUCUCUCAUCAAUCUUGUCCAAAGAUCAAGCAUUUGGGAUUGAUAUAGCUCAACCCCCUUCGUGUUGGGACGCGUCUCUUACAGAGCUCAUUGACAACGACACUGCGGAGUCGCUUGAGAAGAGUUUGACUUGGCAUCGCUUUUUUCAUCCUUCAAUGCCAAGAUUGGUAGAACUUAGAAGCCGCCUACUCUCGAAUGACUUCACGUCGAUCAAUUCUGCAACCAAGCUGCUCUUCGCGCUGCUCUGCUUGACUGCUCUAGACAUUGACGAGGCCUUAGCCAAAAGCCGCCCCUCUUUGAGAUCGAGUCUACGCCUUGCCGUGGCAUCCGUCGGCCAAGAAUUUAUAUUUUCGCCACCAACGCACCAUGACACGGUCGUGGUUUGCCUAUUUUUAGCAGACUACAAACCCACAGCUUUAGCUACGACACAAAGGGUCUUACAUCGUGCCAUUAAGUCUGAAAUGUUUGUUCAUCUAGCUCAAAGGAUGGCAGAACGACUUGAAGAAAAUUCGGAACAAGGAGGUACACUCCCAUCUGAGUUGUAUAUUGUGGAUGGUGCCCAGUUCGAUUUUGGCUUUAGUCGAACGGUAGAGCGCUUGCAGCUUUUGCAUUAUGACACAUUCCUGGAUGGCUACCUUGCAAAAUCACAUUAUGCUUUACGAAAAGCUCUUGCGAAGAUGACGCCUGUUGUCGAUGUGUACCAGGUUGUUUUGAAAUAUCGGCAGUGCUCACCAAGAACUAUCUUCCACAUAAAUUGGGCCAUGUCCGUCUGCGUUCUAUUGAACGCUGUGGCAAAUUUAAAAGAAAGAUGGAACAAUCCCGGAUCGCUGUUUGGGGAGAUUGAAGAGGCUGAGAGGAGAUGCGUUGAGCAACUGAAAACAAGUGGUGUCUUAUUGGAGAAAUCAUCGGGCAUGUUUGAUUCGCAAGAGAUAGAGGCUGCUCGCUCCAUCUUAGAGCUCAGGCUCAAUUCUAUUAUCGCUAGGAUAUGGGGCCUUGGGCUUUUAUAUGCCUCGGUUCUUAAAGUAAGGUCUUUGGAAGGCGGACUGAAAUGGGACCACGAGAUUGAGAGCCAUGAAGCAAUUCAAAUCAGUGACCAAGUCGGAGGAAGCACAGAAGAUAUGAUCGCAGGCGCAGCAGAACCAUUUGCUAUGGCAUUGAGUCAGCUUGGAAUCAAGUUUCCCAAAAGGCUAACAAGUCUUUUGGAGAUCUUCAUCGGGUGCACGGAUUUGAGGCUUGCUGGCACAAGCUUUCGCCCUCCACUUCAACAUCUUGCUCUGGAGGUUCUCACACAUUGCAAAAAUGUUGUUGAAAACAACCUUGUGCAGGUGAAGUGUUUUGGACGAUUGAACCCCGAAUUUGAGAAACAGCUCGAGCUGUUUACCAUAUGCGCACAGCGAUUUGAUUCUAUGGUUGCCGCGCCGUGGACAUCAACCGACGUGGCCUUUGCUAAUGGCUGUGUCUAUGCCGUGGGCAGUAAAAUAAUAUCGGGCUUUUGUCAGGUGAUGAAAACGGCGAAAGAAAACCUUUCGAGGCGAAUUGAGGGACAGGAGAGUCAGCACGGAGAGGAGAGACAGGCAGGAGAGGCAGGAGAGGCAGGGGUGGGAUUUUCGCCCAUGUACUCAGACAUGAGUGAAGGCACUUUCUUUGACUUGACUACGUCAACUGAAGCAUGGAAUAUGUGGCCUUAUCUUGGAGGAUUCGACCCGCUUCCCAACCCACUGGAGCUUUAUAACUGGAUUGAAGGCCAGAACACCGAUGUUGAUCCUGGGAGUAUCCCAUUUCUAUAA